AUGAGUGACAUAUUUCGCUUCAAGUUCUUUACCAUCGGAUCCAAGAACUAUCGACGUCGAUCAUCUCAAAGCGAGGUAGACGCCUUACGCGGAAGGGCAUUUAACGAUCUGCACAGGUAUCAGGCCGAGUUAAGAGGAAACUGGGCGCUAAAGCCAGGGGACUCGAUUGUGCGGAAUUUCCAUGUACUAGAUGAACGUCAUUGCGUCAUUGAACAGGAGAUUGUGAUCUCCAUCUUCGAUGUUGGCAAAACUUGGAUGGCCAUUGCCUGUUCAGAUGCAGGAAAUGACCUCUCUCAGGGACCAAGAUUUCCCUGGCUCGAGGCUGGCGAGGACUCAUUACCAAUCACACUUCUACCAAUCGUUCAAUAUAGACCGAGGUGUGCGUUAAAAUACCGCGGUAUUAACGAGAGUACUAGGUCGCCAAAAGGAAAGAACACCCAAAGUCUUGCCAUUUUUCCGGAAGGCUACGGGCGUGGCUUAGAUUGGUCGCUUGCAAAAUCCGAUCGGCUUCAUAUCUUGGCGGACGUGUUCAGACUAUCUGCCUUCUCUCAGAAACAACUUCUUAAUGUCAUGAAGGAGAAGAUAAGAACUGAAACGAACCGCCUGUCGCUCAGUAAUGAGAAUCCAACAUUGGCCAACCUGCUAUACUUCCGGGAUAUCCUACAGGACCAGCUAAGCAACACUUCCUAUAUGCUGCAGUUGACAAACGACAAGAACAAUAUCCUUCAAAAUGGUCAUCGCUCCACCACUGCUAUAUCUAUCGAUCAAAGAAGCGUGGCCAAUGACGCCAUGGCCGAAGUUUGCAGCCUGUUUCAAGACUUGCACUUAGAAGCACAAUCACUCUAUGAGAAGUGCACUCAAGGAAUGACAGUUAUCAGUAAUGAAGGCAUGCUUGCAGAGUCACAACGCGCCAUCCAGCAGGCGAAGUUGGUUACAAAGCUCACAAUCGUCGCCUUUGUGUACCUUCCGUUCACUUUCACCGCUGGUUUCUUUGGUAUGAACUUCAAGGAAUUGGGAAAUGAUAUGCCCUUAUGGAUAUUUUUUGCUGCCUCAUUUCCUCUGAUGUUUGUCACUAUGGGGGAGCUGAUUGGGGGCAGUCUACUCGCUGUAGGUGGAGUUGGAACGACACCUCCAGAGCAUUGGACAAACUCGAAAGGCGACCUAUGGCUGGGCACACUAGAUGCACCUGACAUCGGCAUUCUGUCCUUCCCAAACAGACUUGCAACAAAUGGUAUACUAUCUGGGAGGAAUAUUGAAGAGGAAGGUGCUUCUCUUCUCGCUGAGCUGUACCGCCUCGCCGAAGAUGAGACUGUGAUACAAUGUCCGAUUAUCCUGAUUGCUCAUAGCCUGGGCGGAUUGAUUGUGAAACGAGCCAUCUGUCAGGCAAAGCAAAGCCCAAACACUUAUCGGCAUUUGAUACGCAAGAUUGCUGGAUUUGUUUUCAUGGGAUGUCCGCAUUCUUCGUCCCAAGAACUAAAAGACUGGGUCGGGGUGGAAAGCAUUCUACAGAAAUUUACUAAAGGAAGGUAUAAUCCCCUGGAUUUACAAUGUGUUCAGAGUUUGGCUGGGGAUUGUGAAAAUUUCCGGGUCAUCUUAGCCGAAGACGAGAAGCAACUGUUGACCGUCAGCGAAAAGAAAGGAAUGAGCAAACAAAUGAUUGGAAAGAAAAUUUUAUUUGUUGACAGACACUCGGCAACCAUUGGCCAUGACCAAGAGACUAUAAUUGAGCACGACUCCAAUCACCGAGACCUCUGCAUUGUGUCGGCUGGAAGCAAAACGCUUGACGGGAUCUUUGAUUUUCUCCAUCUAGCUCUGGAUGACACAAGAAAAGCCCUCGCCAAAGACUCUCCACGGUACACCGGACCUUCCGUCUUCGCUGAAUCCACUGUCAGAGAUCAAAGCAGUGAUGAUGAGGAUCUCUCUGGUGUUACAACUGAAUCCAUGUCUGCCCUUGAAGGCCAGAAUGUGCUCCGUGGUCCCGAUGCGUCCGUUCUAGCAACCUCGGAGCCAGCUUCCUCAACUAAUCUCGGAUCAUGGACCAAGGGUGCUACCGCAGGCAGUGAUAAGAUCAACCCCGAUCUCAUCUCCGCCUUGAAAGAUUUCAGCAUCGAGUACCGCGACCCUAUCUUGCCGUGCAAAUCCAUUCUACUGCCCAGGGAUCCCGUUUUUUCUGGGCGCGAGGACACACUGUCAAGUAUUCGGCAGGCCCUUGUAGCCUCUAUACAAGAACCUGAGAAUGGAUCAGAUAGUUCACUUGGCGAGAUAAUCCCAUCGUUGAACGUUUACUCCCUCUGUGGUCCAGGUGGAAUGGGGAAAACUUCCAUUGCCAACGAAUUUGUUCACAGGUAUGAGAAGGACUUUGACGCUGUUUUUUGGGUUGCAGCGGACGAGGAGAGCAAGCUCUUUAACGGCUUUCGAGACAUUGCUGUAAAGCUCGGCAUCAUUUCAGACACCGAUGGCAAAGAUCUGCCAGCAAUCCGAGAGAUGCUCUUAGCUUGGCUUGCCAACCCUCUCAGGUCAUAUGAACAUAUGGACCACGUGAAACCAGAAAGAGCAUCUUGGCUCAUCGUUUUUGAUAACGUGGAUCGUGCUGAUACACUUGAAGACUUUUGGCCAAAAGAUGCUGCUGGUUCAGUUCUGGUUACCUGUCGAGAUCCAUUGAUCAAAAGCUCCAUCUAUUUGAGAAAUACUGGAAGCAUCGUUCCCGAGCUAUUGGAAGAAGAGGGAAUAACUCUACUGCUUCGUCUCACUAAUCGUGAGAGCGAUGAAGAUGACGUAAAGCAGGCACCUAGGGUUGUUCGAGCCUUGGGCAGAUAUCCCCUUGCCAUUGCGCAAAUGUCUGGAGUCAUACUAGCUCGAGACCUUGGUUUUAACGAAUUCCUUGAAUUGUAUUCCGAGGAAACAGAGCGUCGAGAGAUUCUUGGAAUCUCAGAAGGGCAAUCAGCUUCUCUUCGCAGAUACAACCAGACGCUUGGUACUGUCUGGAACCUGGAUGACUUGAGAGAGGGCAGGGCCUUAUUAGAAGUCAUAUCGUUCCUCGAUCCGGACAGUAUCCCAGAAUCGCUCCUAGAGAAAAACCCGGCAUGCAUGGAUUGGGAUCGCUAUCCCAAAACAUCAUUGGAAUACUCAAAGGCUCGUGCCGAGCUACUUUCUAGGUCACUGAUUUACAGAAAUCGGGGCAAGAAGACCUUACGUGUCCACCGGUUAAUACAGGAUACUGUGAGAACUCAAAUGAAUGAUGCAACAUUCAAUGAGGUAUACUCAAGAGUGCUGGACAUGCUUGGUGCACGGUGGCCAAGGGUUUUCAAAGGCUUUGGCAAUGUACAAACGGACUGGCAACAGAAUUCUGAGCUUUGGGCUCACGUUCUCUCACUGUUCAAAUAUCGGGACCGUUUUAGCCCUGGAGCUGCUCACUUUGCUACUGCUAUCAAGCGGAUGCACUUUGCCCUCGAUGUCUUGAUAUUUAGCGUUUCAGACUCCCGAUUUAGUGCUUCACCAACAAUCCUGCUCUUUUUCAGCUUUUUGAGAGAUGCAGUGAGCGGAGAGCCAAGUCAUGAGCUACAAAUGAUUGAUGCUAAUUUCCACUACUGCCGAGGAGAACUCGGGUUGCAUAUCAACAACCGUGAACAUCCUUUGCCAGAUUUCAGCCAAUGCGUCAAACAGCUGGAUACUUUACUAGAUGAUGAUGCCAAGAAAGCUGAUUCAUUAUUUGGGGUCGCAGUGAACGAGCUCGGUUGUGCCUACUUGAUGAAUUGGAAGAACGACGAGGGUCUGAUUGAAUUUGAGAGAGCAGUCACUAUCCUUCAAAACCUAUGUCACCCUUCAGCGCAGGAGAUUACUAUGGGUCAAAUCAAUGUAGGAUUUGUCUAUGGUUACCUUGGACGGUAUGAUGAAGCUUUGCAGAUCUUUGAGGUUGCAUUGAAGGAGCGUCAUAUAAAGCUUGGUCGGGAUGAUUACUCCUCCUUUGUAAAUGGAAAAUUGUACAUGGGCUGGGGGAAUGUACUGGCUGCACAGGGCCGGCUUGAUGACAGCUUCAAAUUACACGUUAAAUGUCUGGAGCAUUACAAGCGCUCGGUUGGUAAUUCUCACCAUAGAACGGGGGAUGGAUGUGUGAAGGCUUCGGAUCAUUUUGCUCGCACUGGAGACGGUCCUACGGCCUUAGCCCUGCUUGACCAAGCUCUCAAGAUUUUCAACCUUGACACAUACCACAGACCAGAAGCUGCAAGAGCUCACUACAAGAAGGGAAGUGUCUUGAAGCAGAUGGACCAAGAAGAGGAAGCCAACAAAGAAAUGGACACAGCUCUCGACAUCUUCAACAGCUUUGUUUCCCCUGAAGACCGCGCUGGAACCAUCGAUGAACUGGAUGACGAGGAUUUUGAUCAUUGGAUCAUGUUCUGGUCUCGAUGA